AUGUACGAUGAACCGGUAGAUGUUUUGUUAAGACAGAUCGACUAUGGAAUAGAGAGCAUAUCAGCGGUCAGUGUUGAAUCGCUAUUGAAGCGGAUCGACGCUUUUCAACAGGAUCCAAGUAAGUUGGAAUCUGAUGGGAGGUUGUCUCGCUACGUCAAAACUGUAGUCAGAGACUUUUUCGUCCUGGAUCGGGAGGCUCAAUUGCGGAGGUGCAGGAUUUUUUACAAUUUAUGCAAGGUGGUAAAGUGGAAAAAAGUCGUGGUCAAUCUACCUACGAAUGUUUUUCUGUUGUCGGGAUUGCUUGCUGAGCUGAAGAAAAAGGAUGGCGGUUGGUUUCGUCCAUAUUUGUUACUGUCAUGGGUAUACAUCCUUACGCUGUCGCCGUUCAAGUUUAAUGAGUUCUAUGAUGAAAUACAUGCGGCAAUGGAUAGUUAUCGAGGGCUGCAAAUUUUGAAAACUAUCAUUGCCCAUAUCCAUUCUCAGCUGCUUCUGAAAAACGUUGAACUUCUUGAUAAAGAAAUCCAAGAACUGGAUCCACUCACGCUGAACUACCUGUUGAAAACACUUAAGCCAAACGAUCCUGUAAUAAACGAGUCCGUUUUAAUCCAAUUGAAUUCUAUAGACCUCAAGGACGAUGAACUGACGACGCUCAAAGUGCUGCCGAAGCUCUUCAGGAUAAACAUUGCGCACGAAAACUGGGAAGCGGCAGAAGAUAUCAUUUCCUUCUACUUUUCCCAUUUGAAUAGCCGUUUUACCGACUAUAGAUUUGCGCUGGCGCAUUCUUUUUUUAAAGUGCUUUCUGCACUAAUUGAGGAUACUGAAGAUACUGAUACUGCCUUGGAGCUGAUUGAGACCUGUAUUAAUCAAAUCAGAGUUUCCUUCCGAGAAACCGCGGCAGCCCUGGUUGAUCACGACUUGCUUCAUACAAAUUUAUUGAUUAUAGCCGAAAUGUCGAGAGUAAUAUCGGUCUCUUGGCCCCAUCUUCUAGAAGUUAUAGCGGAGGAGAUCAUCCCCUUUGCAUCUAAGUUUGAGCAAGUCAAGAUGAAUGAGAUCAAGGGAUCCCAAGUAAAGGAUGCUUCGAACUACAUUUGCUGGUCAUUGGCGAGGUCAACUAGACUUCCAAGAGUAAAGUUAUCCAGAGAUGUCAUGAGAACCAUCUUUUUGAAUUUACUAAUGUGUUCCGUCUUCGACAGAGACUUGGUGGUUCGUAGAUCUGCCAAUGCGGCCCUCCAAGAAGUUUUAGGCAGAUGUCUCGCUUCAUCGAAAAUGUUGGAUAAUGAGACCGUCAUUAAGCUGAUCGAAUUACCCAUCCUCAAUUUGGUCGAAUCGUAUACAGAGAAUACUAGCAGAAUAUAUCAAAUUUUCACAAGGAAGCAGAUCUAUGAACCGUACGUCCACUUCUUAUUAGAUUGGCUGAUCGAAGCAUGCCUUGUUGAAACCAACGAUCUCCAUAUCGUCAAACUAAUGGUACAGGCCCUGUCCUUGUUGCUGAAGAAUAACCCAUCCGCAACCCCAAUCAUAAAACCUAAGCUGGAAAAAUUGAUCGCAUCUACUCCAUCGAAUGAGCCUUAUAUCGCAUCCAGAGUCCUUCUGCUGCUGGUCACAUUAGAGACAGAAAAGAUUCUAACGACACACAACAUGAAUGUGAUUCCCGAGAUGAAAAACUAUUACCAAAAUAGUCUGGAAUCUGUUAAGAUUGAGCAGAAAAUUCAUGAGAGUGACCAUGAAGAACAUUUCAAAUUUAUGGUGAUAUUACGAUACUGGAAUUUCGCUCUCAAGAGGAAGCCUGAGCUAAUACUUGAUAGGACUGGAAUAAGCGUUUGUUUUCACAUAGUUAGAAUGAUUCCAGAAAGGAGCUCUGAAUUGAAACUUCUUUUUGGCGACCUCAUUGCUUCUCUCUCAAAGAGCUCCAAGAACUUCGCGCAACCGGAGGAUGAAGCACUCUUCUGGGCCAGCUUCGAAAAGUUCAUUAGAUUUAAUAAUUCAGUCGUUUGCUCAGCAGUGCCGAGGUUACCUCCUCAUAGAUUUCAGGUUAUCUUUAACAAUCUAUUAUCUGUUAUGGAUUGCCAAAGAAAAGCAGAUCUCUUGAGGACUUUAAAUGAUAAUCUACCACAACUGAUAGAUGUUACGGAGGCCAAGAUACUUCAAACUGUUGUACAGCUUUUAAAUGAUUACACUGUCACCCAGCAAGGCGAUGUCGGGAGGCUCGUUCGAAUCGGUGCAGCAAAGAUCAUUGCUCGCCACAGAGAUCUUUUCAUGAAUUCUAAAGCAUCCAAUGUGGCCAGUGACGCCAUUGCAAAUCUGCUGAGAUUAAGCGGUGAGCAGGUUACAGAUCUGAGAUUAAUUUGUUUCUCGACGCUUUGUAAGGCCUUUGAUUAUGAGACAAAACUUAGUGACAAAGAUCUUAAUUACCGAUUGCUCGAAUUCAAUCACAGAUUUUUUAGAAGUGAAUGCAUCGACUUUUGGAAAGGCUUUAUGAUUACUGGAGGUGCUAUACAUUUUACAGAUUCACAGGUGGUCGAUGCGAUUGAUGCGUUCUUGCAUUAUUAUAACCAGUUGCCCACCAAUCAAGAACGGUUAGCCUUAUGUAAUUCCUUGGUCCGGAUCAUACCUUCUGCCAAGCAGAUUAAUGAAGUGCGGAAUUCGCCUUCCAGGAAAUUAUGGGGCAUGAUGGAACAAGAUAUCGUGAAAUUGACGGUGAAUUAUCUGAACUUUUGGAAAAGACUUUUCGAAUCUGGUUUAGUUUUAGAUCGAGAAUUCAAUUUCUUUGGAUUUUAUGCUAAAAUUCACAAUCUGAAUCUCAUCAAUGGUAAUAGUCUAUUAAAAUCACUAACGACACAGCUGCUACCGUAUCUCAUUUCAUCACAAACCGCUGCUACUGGUCAAAUUGACAAAAUAUUUACGAAUAACAUCAUAAGCCGUUUAUUGUCGUUGGCUCAAAGGGAGAUUCCUUUUAAGAAACGCGAACUUUCUGGGAUUCAGAAGGAUUCACUGCAAGCACUGGCCCAAAUCUAUCUCGAGAGCGAGUCUUUCGAGCGCUUAGAAGUAUUAAUGCAGGCUAGCCUGACAAAUGAUUCGAUUCUUGGCCUCUCAGAGGCACAAUUAACUUUAUAG